AUCAAAGUAAAUAUUAAUCAAAAUUGAACACACGCCAGAUUCCUAGGGAAACCCUCUUCCUAAAUAACUCCCACCCAGUUCAAUUCUCACUACUUCACAAUCAAACAACCUCUUGAGCAUACCAAUCAACAUCAUAUCCUUAAUUUUCUCCUCAAUAAACAAACACAAUUUACCUAUGUUACACUUCUGAAAGUUCUCACGGUUAAACGAAACACUAAACCACCAACUUAGAUUUUGUACAGAGUUUUUAAGGUACCUAAUUGCAGUAUGCCUUCCCAUACCAACACAGCCCCCGUAAGAAAAUGUGACAAACCGUUCAUCAUAGACAAUUUCCAAUACCAUCCUCAUAGCUUCAAUCAAGACCUUCAAUUUCAAAUUGGGCAGGACCAGAGGCUCACCUCUAUCCCUUCAUUGCGUCAUUUUGACACAGCAAGACACAACAUCAAACUCAUUUUCUCUAAUUUCACCACUCAUUUCAAUUAUGGAGAAGCAUUUGGAGAUGGAAUCCAGAAAAUGAGGGAGCAACUGAGUUGUCUCUCGCGUUGUGUUGCCAGGGCUGGUGAGGUUUUGGCACACAGUGAGGAGGACAGAGGGCAAAGCAAUGACAUUCUGGACAAGGUUGGAGAAGUUCACAUGAGAGUAUUGGGAGAGAACCAGGAUCUUGAGCUGGGGUUUUGUUAAGGGCUCUGUGGGGUUUGCGUAAGGGUUUAAGGGAAGGGUUUAGUAUUGUUUAAAUGCUGCAGUGAUAGAGAUAGAAUGCCCAAGAUUGAGCCUAGUGAUUCUGUUGAGCUUCUUAAGCAUUGAUGGGUAGUGAAGAAAUAUGAAGCAAAAGA